GACUUCAGUGUCAAAGCUUUGACCCCGAAAAAGCAUAACUGCUGUCAGCCAGCGCCGUUGGCCGCCCGUGCUGUGCAGAGCCUUGCGAUUUCCGGGCCAAGGUGCUGGAGGUAAGGCAAGUGUGCUUGUGUAGUUAGCAUGAAAAGGAAGGACGAGAGACGAGAGGGUGUGAUUGUUUAUGUCACGAUUCUGGUGAGUGAAUUUCUUGGACAAGUGUUAUGCAUUGUGCGUACCCUUGGCCUGCUUGGCUCGACAGAGAGCCUCCUGUUGCGCGGCGACAGUAGGCUGCUUCAUGUCGGACUCAGAUGAGUUCGAGUAUGAGUCGGAUGAUGACCCAUAUGGCGGGGCUGAGGAGGAGGAUGGGGAUGAGGAGGCGAUCCAAAUUGAAAACACUUUCUAUGAGGCCGAUGACAACAAGCAGAACUUUCCGGAGCAGGCACUUGAACAAUUCCAGAGAGUUGUCACUCUCGAAGCGACACGUGGAAGUGAGGUUGUUUGGAGGUUCAAGGCGUUGCAGAACAUUGUGAUUCUUUGUGCUCGAAUUGGGCGGUUCGAUGAAAUGGCAACUCGAUAUCGAGAGCUUUUGAGCUACAUGGACCAGGUCACUCGGAAUGAUGCAUCCGAAGCUAUCAACACGGUGCUCGACUCUGUAUCGUCGGCAAGUGACCUGGCCAAGCUCGAAACUAUUUAUGAGCUAACACUGGACGCUCUAAAAGCAACUGCGAACCAGAGGCUGUGGUUUAGCACAUCAGUGAAGCUUGCCAAGCUUCAUCUCGAAAUGGGUGAUGUGCAGAAGCUGCAAAGACUUGUGAAGGCUUUGCACAGGACGUGCCAAAAGGCUGACGGCACAGACGACGUCAGCAAGGGCUCACACCUGCUGGAAGUGUACGCGUUGGAGAUCCAGAUGUGCACUCUGACCAAGAACUCCAUUCGUAUGAAGGAGAUCUACCCGAAGACCAUCAAUCUCACAUCAGCUAUUGCAGAUCCACGAAACAUUGCAGUCAUCCGAGAAAGUGGUGGGAAGAUGUUCAUGAGCGAGAAGAAGUGGGAGGCGGCAUACAACGAAUUCUUUGAAGCCUUCAAAAAUUAUCAGGAGACUGGUAAUGCCAGCAGAGCCAAGAUUAUGCUCAAGUAUGUGGUACUGGCCAACAUGUUGGCAUUGUCUUCCAUCAAUCCAUUUGACUCUCGAGAAGCCAAGGUGUAUCAAGACGAUCCUGAAAUUAGUGCCAUGGCCUCUCUUCGUUCGGCUUAUGAGCAAAACGACAUCGGCACCAUCGACCAGCUUUUGACCAACCCUUCAUAUCGAAUUUUGUCGGAUGCAUUUAUCCGCACCUACUUGCAGGACCUGCUCCGAAAUAUUCGACUUCAGGUGUUGCAGAACCUCAUCAAGCCCUACCGAUGUGUCAGCUUGGAUUUCUUGGCCAAGGAAAUCAAUGUCACCAGUGAAGAGGUAGUUUCGUUGCUGGUCCAGCUGAUCUUGGACGAGAAGAUUGCUGCGAGGAUAGAUGGCAUCGAGGGCUUCUUGCAAGUCAGCUCUGGUGGUGGCGAGAAGGCAAAGCAAUUUGCAGGCUUGCAAAAGUGGGUGGAUUCGUUCGAGCGCAUCCACAACGGCCUCCAUGGUAAGCUGAACCAGAUGCAACACGGAUGAGUGCUCAAAA